GACAACGUAAAGGCGGAAAAAAAUUGAAAGAUAAACAAAAACAAUGCUGACUUAGAUGAAAUCCCCGAUAGUCUUUAAACUUUGAGAGGAAGAGGGGAUUUACAAGAAAUGACUCAAAGGAAACCAACAUAUCAGAUCGGAAUUUGUGUAUUUAAGCCUCCACUAAAAAAAAUUUGGAAUCUCGCCUGAAUAUAAAUAAAAGAUUACAAAGAAAUUCAAAUGAUAGCAGAUCAUGAAGAUGAUAGUAGGAAAGGUAGUAGUUCUUGGCAGUCAAGGUGUUGGCAAAACCAGUACAUGCGAAAGAUACAUACAAAAACACUUCAAUCAUCAAACGUUACCAACCAUAGGAGCUGCUUUUUACAGUACGAAGAUCACAAUUAUGGACAAAAUUGUCAAUCUACAGAUAUGGGAUACAGCGGGCCAGGAACGGUUCAAAGCCAUGGCUCCCAUGUUUUAUAGGAAUUCACAGGCAGCAAUUGUGAUAUUCGACAUCACCUCCAUGGCUUCUUUUGAGAGUAUGAAAGGCUGGGUGCUUGAACUCAAGAGGAAUGUGGAAGAAUCCAUAGUCUUAGUUGUUUUAGGAAAUAAGAUAGAUCUUGCGGAACAAAGAGCAGUACCUAGAGAUGAAGCUUUGGGGUACUCCAAAACUAUUGGUGCCCACUAUUUUGAGGUUUCUGCUAAAGAAGACCAGGGUGUAGAACUAGUGUUUGACUACGUGGCCAGGGAACUAGUCAAAGUAUGCUCUAAAAACUCUCCUACUUUCCUCAAAAGAGACCACACCGACGACAUAAACAACAUUAUGGCUUUUUCGAGUGAAUUGGAACCUACCGAUACUGCCAAUGAAGAAUUGGUGAACAUUAGCAUCAACCAUAUUGCACACGGGGAUACAGUUUCUUCGAAAUGCUGUUAGUGUCGUUAGAUCAGUGGAACAUAUUACCAAAGAAGUCGCACCAAGGCAAAGCCAGUAGACGCAAUGAACCCAAAAGAACUGAACAAGAUGAAUGACUUGAUUGAUUGUUUUAAAUUGAUAUUGUUAACUUUUCGUCUCUUUUUGAAUAACUGAAAAAUGGAAGCGGAAAAUAUUUUAGGAGAGAAAUGUGAUAUAUGUGAAAUUUCGCAAGCAGAAAUGUUAUUUAUUUAUGUAAUAUGACUGUACUAUUUCUUUCCUUUCCUUUUUUCUUGUGAAAAUUUUUAUUGUGAUAACUGGAGCUUUUCGUAAAGUUGUUAGCAUGAAAUAAUUGCCAUUUUCGAUAUUUUGUAAAUUUUCUAAUAUAUGAUUGUCUAGAA